AUGCGUGGUCCAAGGGGGGUGGGAGUUUGGCAUUUCAUUCAGAGGGGUUGGGAUGAUUUCUGCAAGCAUGUUCGUUUUCGUGUUAAAGAUGGAAGGAGGAUCAGUUUUUGGAUGGAUCUCUGGUGUGGGGAUCUCCCUCUUGCUCUCGCGUUCCCACGGCUCUAUAGGAUUGCUUCUCAUCGACAGGCCAUGGUUGUUGAUUGUUAUCAUCUUGAUAACGAGAGACUGUCUUGGGAUGUUCGUUUCAGGAGGCAUUUUCAGGAUUGGGAGAUCGAGGAUGUUUUUCGUUUUCUGGAGCUAUUGUAUAGCCAGGUGUUUUCUUUUGGGGGAUCGGAUUGGUGGUUCUGGAUUCCUACCUUGCAUGGUCGAUUUGAGGUUAGGUCCUUUUUCAGAUACCUUUCGGUUGGUCAUGGAGAUCCCUUCCCUUGGAAGUCUAUUUGGCGGUCGAAGGCUCCCCGCAAGGUCGCUUUUUUUGCUUGGACCUCUGUUCUGGGUAAGAUUUUAACCCAGGAUAAUCUGAGGAGGAAGAAUCAGGUGGUGGUCAAUCACUGUUAUAUGUGUUUGUGUAAUGAGGAGUCUGUUGAUCACCUCCUUUUACAUUGCAACAUGGCCAGAGAUUGUUGGGAUUUGAUGCUUCGUUUAUUUGGGGUACAUUGGGCCAUGCCUUUUUCCUCUAGAGGGUUGAUUGAGGCUUGGAGAGGCGUCUCUGUUGGGGCUGGCAUUAGGGAUGCUUGA